UCACACUUUGGCCACUUGAAUCCACUUGAAGCGUCACGCUGGCGCAGUGUCCGCGCUCUGAAAAAGGAUGGGCGCGCCGAUCAGCCGGAACAUGUGCUGCAGCAUCCGCGACAAGGAUGGAUUCGGCAAAGCCUUUGCACAAAGUCCACAUUUCAACUGCAGUGAGGUGGAGCUCCCCCUGGAGUCGCCCUCGUUGGUCGCUUUCUCACCGCUGUGGGCCAUGGGCACACGGCGCUUGGCUGUGGCCAAUGCCCACACUGUCCAUAUCUAUCGAAUGUCCGACAGUGGAAAGUUUGAAAUGCCCACCCUGGAAAGCACCCUAGAGAUGGAGGACGGCUUCGUGAUAACUGCGCUCAUCUUCCGUGAUGAGGACACCGCACGGGCGUUCGUCAUCGCCUCCAAGCCCGAGAAUCGAGCACGAGGCGUCAACAUCAAGAUCUGGCCUUGUGACGCAGCGCCAGGAGUCUUAGAGACGACACAGAUUGCUCCAAGAGCCCUGCAGCGAGAGGGUUUCAUCGCCUCCCUUGAGGAACACGUCGCACCUGUCACUCACCUAGCGGUCAAUUCCACCUAUUUGUUCUCCUGCGACUCCUCUGGAGAGUGCAGGGGUUGGCAGAAGAACAGGUCUAUGGCUUUGCGGGCCACUGCACGCUUACAUAAGGGUGCUGUGGUGGAUUUCGCCGUGGACCGGCACUUCGUCUACUCCUUGGGCGAGGAGAUGAACCUUCGAAUCUGGUCGACCGAGCUCAAAGAGGUCGUCGUGAUGCCCAUUGGCCACGUCGAGGCCUCCUGCCUCAUGGGUGAUAUGGCCGCGCCGGUCCUGAGCCCACCCAAGGGCACCGAUGAGAAGGAGGCUGCCUCGUCAUUCCAGCUCUCAAGGCUCUCAGCUCUGAAGCGGCCGGUGUCCAGAUGGUCCGGCGGACAGGCAGCUUCAGGCCGUGGCAGCACCAAUACGCCGCGCGGUUUGCUUUUUGUGGCGGGCGUCAUGGCAAAGGGCCAAUCUGCAGCGGGUGAGAACGCUGCAGUGCUGAUGGAAUGGACCAUAGCAGCGGCACCAGUUUGUCAGGGCGCAGUCAUAGCGCACGACGUGCCCAUUGUGACCAUCGCCUAUGGCCCCUUUGACAACGGCCCCUUGAUCACAUGCGAUGGACGUGGCCUUUGUCGCGUUUGGGAUUGCUCACCCAGGCUGUGGUGCUCACAACAGAUCGAAGCCUCACCAGGUGCUCCGCGAUCGCUCGCCAAAGUCAGCGUGGCGUCGGACCCUUUGAACUGCUCCCUUUACUCCGUGGCAGGCGAGAAGAGGCUUCUGGUGUGGUGCCAGAGGGGCGCUGGUGAAUAGACUUGACCUGGCGUCAUCGAUUAGAAAAGCCGGUCUUGCCACCAGCCCAUCAGUCAUUUGGAGCUAGUUGCCAGUAUUACUGAUGGUUUGGUAUGGUUUGGUACCUUCUGAUGUGAGCCUAGCAAGUUUCCUGUUCAUGCGGAGAGAGAGGGUCGGCAGCUCGGAGAGGCAUGACUGUGGGUCCGUCCGUG